AUGGCUAUAAUAGCACAGUUCCAGGGAGCGAACAUAUGGAGAUACUCGGAGUAUCUAAUCGCGCGGUCUCUGGCCUUCUCAGAGACAAAGACGGACUAUGUUCGCAACGGACAAGGCAGACUGAAGACCUUAACUGUCUCAAAGGGUCUAUUGCGAGAAACAGAGAUUGUUCAGAAGCAAAUUAAGGCUCUUUUGAAAUGUGAUGUGCGCAUAUACCAUCUUGCGUUUCUCCUGAGUGAUGAACCCGAUAAUGAAAUCACUUUAACUGGCUUCCGGCUAGUGACGCUUGAUCUGUUGACGCUUUAUUCUGUUAUGAAUGAGGGUGUCAUCAAUGUCCUGGAACACUACUUCGAGAUGUCUCGGACAGACAGCGAACGAGCAUUGCAUUUGUACAAAGUUUUUAGCGCCCUAACGGAUGAUGUCGUUGCAUUUUUACGAGUUGCCAGACAGUACGAACAUGCUACUCGACUUGAGAUACCCAAUUUAAAGCAUGCAUCUACGGAUUUGGCGAAGUUGCUAGAAGAUGACCUGCAUGACCCCGAUUUUGCAAUCCGCCGGAAGGAAUACCGUGAACAGAAGUUUGGAAAAUCCAAAGGUGAAAGUAGCUCAGCAUCAAAAGCUGCAAAAUCACAACCCUCGUCCAAGGCGAACAAUAGCACGUCUUCUAAAGACGUACCAAGCUCUGGUACUAAAGCUCCAGCUGCGGAUCUAAUCGACUUCUUUGGGUCCAUUGAGGAAAAUCAACCGCCAGCGAAUCAACAGCUACCACCACAACAGCCACAGCAGCAGAAUACGCCAAUGCAAUUCCAGCAAACAGGUUUCCAGCAGCAGCCGGUACCAGCCGAGUUCCUACAGAAUCAAACGGGAUUUGCCCCCAAUCCAAUGGGACAAAACAUCAACCCGUUCGGCCAGUACGAUACACAAAUGCAACAACAGCAACAGCAACAACCUCCAGCGGCCCAGCCACUACAAGCUUCUCACACAGGCGCUGGAUUCGGGGGUUACACCCCACAGCCUUUCCAGAGUCCAAGUCCACUUUCUGCUAUUCCACAGAACGGGGCAGUUCCCUUUCAGCGACCCAUGACAGCGGGUGCCACACCACGGGCCAACAACCCUUUCCGACAGUCUAUGCUUCCCACCGCAGACAACUUAUCAUCCCCCCAGUUACAGUCUCCUUCAACAUUGGCCAUGAAGCGGCAAUCUACCAACCCGUUUGCGAAACAACCUCCUGCUAUCCCUCCACAGUACCAAAUUCCCAACCCCAACCAAUACCCAAUGCCAUCAUCGUCUCCACCCCCUUCACAACAACAGCCUCAGCCCCUUCAGCCUCAGCGAACAGGAACAAACCCGUUUGCGCGGCCUCAGCCACAACAAAGCCAGGAAGCACUACCGGCCCAACGUCUACAGCCAAACCCAACUGGCAGCACAAACCCUUUCCGCCAAAGUGCUUUUAUAAACCAAGCCACGGGUCAAGGAUGGCAGAACGUUCCGCAAGGAACCAUGGGCGGACUAGAGAAGCUAGAAACCAUCCCUGUGUUCCCUCGGCCAGGUCAAAUGGCAUAG